AUGUGGCUGCAACAUCAUGUUCUGGUGGAUGAUGGUAUUAAGGACGAGGUGACAAAUGGUGAAAGGUGUGUAUCUUUUUGUCAUAACAUGUUGAGCAAUAGAGUUAAUACUUAGCCUAAUUCAUUUAUGUUAUACAGCAUUUUCACUUAAAUAGUAAACUACUAAUAGCAAGACACUUUUUGUCUCUGUCUAUGUUUGUCUUGACUUUAUUUCAUCAGAUUUUAUUCUCCGACAGGCUUCAGAGACUGAGCAGCCUGUGGAUCCAACCACUGCUGAGGACGAGGACCGUUCACUGGGAGAGGAGUCAGGGCUGUUUGCAGCAUAUUGCAAAAGACAAAAGAGAAAAGUAUGUGGCACUUCAGCAUCUCAGCUCAGCCACUAUCUUGACAUUUGUGAAGGACAGAACAACCUCUUGUUCUGGACUAAGAACAGAAACAAUCUUCCUUCACUGUUCCGAGUGGCAAUGAGGGUCUUGGUAGUGACUGCAUCAAGUGCUCCCCAUGGGGGUAUCAUACUGUGGCCCCAUCGCUCACAAAUG